AUGCACAGCUUUGCAGAUUUGGGGCCCAAGGCCUCUGCAGUAAAUGCCUUUCUUGGGGGCCCCCCCCACCUCAAGUUGGUGGAUGAGGGGCCCCUCUCCGCCAUGAAGGGGGGCGCCUGGGGCCCCGAGGGGGCCCUCACAGUACCCGCGGGUCAGUACCCUGUUUCGGUGCUGCGCGCCUUCUGCAGGGCCCUCGUCAUUGACCUGCAGCCGUACGGCCUGGGGGCCCCCCUGGGGGCCCCCAGGGGCUCUUCCGUAGGGGGGCCCCUGGGGGGGCCCCUACGGGGGCCCCUUGGGGGGCACUUCGGGGGGCCCCUGGGGGGGCCCCUGGGGGGCCCCCAUGAGGGGCCCCCUUCCAAGGGGUUCCUUGCGAUGAUGAGCGUUGACUUGCUGCAUGUUGUUUGUCUUCAUAUUGUUGUCAACGCAGAGGGGCCCCAGGCGGCGCCGGCGCCUGCAGCAGCAGCAGCAGCAGCUGCUGCUGCUGCUGCUGCUGCAGCGCAGGGGGACAGUGCUGCUGCUGGGGCCCACAUGUCUCCCUCUGCAGCCCAUCAUGGGGCCCCCGCUAACUUGCUGCUGUCUCCCGCGGCGACCACCCCCUUGCAGGCUGCGUUUGCUGCAGCAACAGCAGCAGCAGCAGCAGCAGCAGGUGGAGGGCUCAACAAGGCACAGCAGGGUACUCCGUGGAGCCCAGAGGGCCCCUGGGGCCCCUCGGGGGGCCCCCCAGGGGGCCCCCCGGGGGGCCCUGCAGGGGGCCCCCCGGGGCAGGACACGGGCCCCUUAGGAGCUGCUGGGGCUGGCGCGCUGAGCAGCGUGCCCCCAGUUGCGUUUUUUGCUGCUGCAGUGCAGCGUCAGCAGCAGCAGCAGCAGCAGCAGCAGCAGGCAGCAGAGGAGCUGCAAAGCCUGGGCGAGGGCGGGGGGCCCCCGGGGCCCCCAGAAGAGGGUCCUGGGGGGGGCCCCUCUGCACUGUGGGGCUCCCACAGCCUGCUGGGGGGGGGCCUCGCUGUGUCUUCAUGUUUCUUUUUAUCUCUUGUAGACGAUUUGCCUCUUCCUGAGAAGACAGCAGCAGCAGUGGCUGCUGCUGCUGCUGCUCCAGGGGCCUCUUUUGGCCCGGGGGACUCGACGGCGGCGGCAGCAGCAGCAGCAGCAGCAGCCACUGCAGCAGGAGCAGCAGGCCUCCCCUACCUGCUGCACGACAUGGCGCCAGUUUCUUCGCUGCUGCUGCCUGCUGCUGCUCUUCUUGUCUCUCAAGGGCCUCGAGAAAUUGGUUUAAUUCCAUUUGUGGGGUCUGCAGGAGCUGGGGAAGUAUCGGCGCUGCUGGUGUCUGUACACCCGGAGGAGCGCGACAUACAAAUCGUCGCGAAGAUUCCGCAUUUGCUGGUGGACACUUUCAACCUGCUGCGGGUCCCCGCUGUGCCCCACGGGGUCUUGUGUCUGUCUCCUGACACUGUCUCCUUUUUUUCGUUUGGGGGGGGGCGUUGUGGCGGGGGGAGCCAGCGGCUGCUGGAGGAGCAGCAGAGCAGCAGCAGCAGCAGCAGCAGCAGCAGCAGCAGCAGGGUCGCAGGCAUCACCCACGUGCUGCACCCCGCGGGCCUCGUCCGCAAGGACCUGCAGCAGCUUCCUGCUGCUGUGUUCGACCAGAGCCGUCUCCGACUCCGCCUCGAGGAAGGUGCUGCUGCUUUCAUCAGCAGCAAAUGUCUGUUGCUGCUGUCGGCGGACAACAGGCCCGCGCUGGCCCACCUAGUCGUUGCUGCUGGCCUUGGGGUCUCUGACAUUAUUUGGACUGCACUUGAGGUCUGUGCCCCCAAGGGGGGCCCCCCCCUCGAGCUGCAGGGGGCCCCCGCAUGCGAGCUGCCGGGGCAGCUGCUGCUGCCGCGGUCGGACUCGGUUGCUGUGUGGCCUUCGCCAGCAGCAGAGACUCAGGCCGCGGAAAAGGAAGCAGAGAGCUCAGGCUUCAGCAGCAGCAGCAGCAGCAGGCGGUACUUGGUGGCCUUCGGUGGCAGGGCCCGGGAGGGUACAGGAGUGUGCGUGGCUGCAGCAGAGCCGCAGCUGGUGGGGCCCCCCAGGAGGCCCUGGGGGGCCCCCCCGGGGGCCUCCCGGGACCUUCAGGGCUGCGGGUCAAGUCUUUUUGCUGAUCCGGGAACAGCAAGGGGGGUCUCGUCGCUGGAAGUUUGCUGCAGCAGGGUGCCGGAGCUGCAGCAGGGCCCCGGAGGCGAGCAGCAGCAGCAGCAGCAGCAGCAGCGGCAGCAGCAGGAGCUCUUCACCACUGACGGCAAACAACUCAUUGAGAUCUUCCCUGAUGGUUCAGUUGACCUUGCUUACCAAAGGGCCCCCAUCUUGAGGUAUGGGGAGCUGCAGCAAGAAGACGAGGGGCCCCUGCCAGAGUCUUCGCCGCUGGGUUACCUGCAGUGGCUGCGGCAGCAGGCCACUGCAGCAGCAGCAGCGGCAGCAGCAUCGGCGCCGCCUGCUGCUGCUGCUGCAGGGGCGGAGGAAGCAGCGAAAGCAGCAGCAGAGUCCGCGCCGCAGGGCAUCCCGCAGUCGAUUGCUGCUGCUGCCGCUGCCCUGAACAGCAGCAGCAGCGCCUUCAGCUGCAGCAACAGCACCAGCUGCAGCAGCACUGACCUCGACGCAGAGUACCCUGUGGGCGACAACCUGGGCCUCGUGGGGGCCCCCGGGGGGCCCCUGCUGCUGCCUUCUUUUCGUCUGACAGUUUCUGACUGGCUGAGGCCCCAAGGCUUUGCUGCAGCUCGCUGCGUGACUUACCUGCCGCUGCCUCCCCUGGAGUCUUCUGCGACGAUUUCUGCGGGCCACCCUCAGCAGCAGCAUCAGCAGCAGCUGCUGCUGCAGCAGCAGCAGCAAGACCUAGAGGCCUUCUGCAGCACAUCAGGAAGCAGCCGCUUUCUUACUGCUGGAGGGCUUUGGCCCCACGGCGCCUUGACGGCCCUCCAGCGAGCUGUGCCCUGCCGCAGUCUUGCUGCUGCCACCAACCUAGAAGGGCAGCCCAGAAUUGUGUGGGCCCUGCAGCAGCAGCAGCAGCAGCAGCAGCAGAAGCAGCAGAAGCAGCAGCAGCAGUUGCUGCUGGUGAGUAGCGACCCGCGCAUGGGACUAGGAGAAACCCGUUUGCUGUCCGUCCGUGGGGGGAAACUCGUCGACAUCACUGCAGCAGCAGCAGCAGCAGCAGAGAGCAGCAAAAAAGACACCCCAGGUGCUGCCUUUUCUCUAGAUGGCCCCACGCUGUUUGCUGCUUCGCUGCUGGGGGGCCUCGUGCUGCUGCAGCUGACAGCAGAAGAGCUGCGGGUAACGGGGCCCUUGGGGGCAGCCGCUUUGUGCCUCCCAGUCGACAUGACGGAGCCGCCUCAGCAGCAGCAGCAGCAGCAUCGACUGCAGCAGCAGCAGGCUUCGCAGCAGCAGCAGCAGCGGCAGCUGCACGAUGAGAGCCAGCUAGAAAUGCAACAGGACGAGGCGCAGCAACAGCAUGAAGAGGAGGCGCGUCACCUGCAAGAAGAAGAGAUCCAGCAAGAACGCCAACAGCAGCACAGCAGCAGCAGCAGCAGCAGCAGCAGCAGCCCAGCAGCAGCAGGAGAUGCGCUGGUCUCAGUGGAGGCAGAGAGAGACUUGUAUGCGUCCAUGGAGGUGGAUGCAGAAGGGGGCAUUGAGGGGACCUCACCUCAGCUGCCCCACGCAGCAGCAGCAGCAGCAGCAGCAGCAGAAGCAGGAAGCAUGUCUCCCUUUCUUGACACAGGCUGGGCAGCAGCAGCAGCUGGUGGCGGAGUUGCUGCUGCAGUCAGAGGCAGCGCGGCAGGCGACUGGGUCUGCGCCGUCCUCGACGACUUCCGCCUGCGCUUGUGGCACAUUGACCUUGCAGCAGCAGCAGCAGCAGCAGCAGCAGCAGCAGCAGCAGCAGGCAGUGAGGCUCUUGGCGAGGGGGACCCGCAACUGCUGCAGCAGCAACAGCAGCUGCUGCUUCAGGAAGUGCCUCCUGAGGCAAUGCCGUGCUGCAUGCGCGGGCAGGUGAAAAGUGCGCAGCUGUACCUACACCCUAGAAGCACUCCCCUCUCUCCUGCUGCAGCAGCAGCAGCAGCAGCAGAGGUCUUGUGCUGCCUCGUGACACUUGAGGGACCCGAGAAGGCCCAGACACUGCACGUGGUGUCUGUACACCGCAUGCAGUGUCUCUUCAGCUCAGUCGACCUCCGCCUCGUCUCGCCGCUGCUGCGCAACUGCGGGUCCUGUGCGCAGCUGCAGCUGCAGCAGUUGCUGCUGCAGCAACACUCAGUGCAGCAGCAAGAGGCAGCAGCACUAGGCGGAGCUCCAGAAAGCACCAGCAGCAGCAGCAGCAAGAGCACAGAUGCUCAGCUGCGCGAGGACAUCUUACAGUCGCCUGGAGCUCAUGGAGAGACAGCAGAGGGACCUCCACAAGAGCAAGCAGCAGCAGCAGCAGCUGCUGCUGCUGCUGGGGCAGCAGCAGCAGCAGCAGCAGCAACACUUGCUGAGGAGGGCAGUUUGGACGCCAGGCGCUCCGUGACCUGCAUAGCUGCGGACCCGUUGCCUCUGACUCGGCCAGAAGAGGGCAGCAUUUCUGCUGCUGCUGAUGCUGCUGCGUCAGCAGCAGACCGUGAGGCAGCAGAAGGAGCUGCAGCAGCAGGUGCUGCUGCUGGGGAGCUACAGGAAGAGGUCUUGAGCGCCGAGCUGCUGCUGCUAGACCCUAGAAGUGACGAGGGCCCCACACUAGUGGUGUUCCUGACGGGGCGGCCUCCACUCAUCUACCGCGGGUUUGCUGCUGCCUCUGCUGCAGUUGCUGCUGCAGCCGUUGCUGCAGCAGGUGCUGCUGACGCGGCUGCAGCAGAUGCUGCUGACGCGGCAGCAGCAGCUGCCGCUGCUGCUGGAGAGUCGCUGCAGCUACUCAGCAGUGCCUCCUUUCCAACAGCCUUCCGGCUGCAGCUGCACAGCUGCACUGAGUGCAUCCCUUCUCUGCAAAAGCUCCCAGCAGCAGCAGCAGCAGCAAAAGCAGCAGCAGCCGCAACAGCAGCUGCUGCUGAACCCUCCGUGCAGUUUGCUGUUUCCUCGGGCUACGCCACAGCCCCGCAGCAAGUGCAGCAGUGGGGUGGCGGGGUGAGCCUGGUAGUGCCGCCAUUGCCGCUGUCGGGCCAGCAGGAGCAGCAGCAGCAGCAGCUGCUGCAGCAGCUGCAGCAGCUGCCGGUGCUGUGGCUCUGCAGCAGCCGCAACCAGCUGUACGUACACCCCAACGAGCGCAGAGACACCCUCAGCGCCGCCAGCUUCACCUGGGCGGGGGGCCCCCCAGGGUCUUUCGCAAUGCUGCAUAAGGGGGGCCCCACUUUGUGUCUGUCGGACAUUGCUGCUCCUUUUGACAAGUUUCGCUGCUCCCCGGAGCCAGCAGCAGCAGCCACAGCAGCAGCAGCAGCAGCAGCAGCUGAGGAGGCCCCCAGUACCCUGGGGCCCUUCAGGCUCGAUGGGCCCCUGCCCUCUUCCUCUUUCUUGCUGGGGGCCUCUGUGACCCAUGUGGCUGUGUCUUCGGGCUCUGACUACGUGCUGCCGCUGCAGUACAGGAGAGACGCAGCAGCAGCAGCAGCAGCGUCAGGGGGGGCCGCCGCAGCAGCAGCAGCAGCAGCAGGCGCGCCUGUGGGGCGCCUCGUCGCGGUGUCUCUACACCACCCCACAGAAGAGACAGAACAAAUCAAAGCUGUCCUUGAAACUCGGAAUGCCUUGCAGCGGGCGCACUUGGCGCUGCUGGGCCGUUCUGGGGAAGCAGCAGCAGCAGCAGCAGCAGCAGGAGCGGCCGCUGCAGCAGGAGGCGGCGAGCUGCAGCACGACGAGGGAUGGGGGGGCCCCCAGGGGGGGGGCCCCCUGCCCGCGGCCGGGGGGCCCCCUGAUGGCCGCGUCCACCCAAACCCUUAUUUAGCUGCAUGCGUUGAUGGCCGCGUGGAGGUGGAGGGAGAAGAAGGCAAGCAGUUCGAGCUGCUGCUGCUGCACCAGGACAACCUGCAGGCGCCCCUGGGUUCGUUCUUGUUGGGCCCCUGCGAGGAGGUGACUUCGCUGCAGUUUGUGCUGCUGGACGGCGUGGAGUUUUUGGCCGUGGGAGUGGCGCAGCCGCUGGGGGAAGGAGUUGCUUCUGGGGGUCGUUUGCUGCUGCUGCGGCUGCCCCCGCUGCUGCCCUACGGGCACGCAGCAGCAGCAGCAGCAGCAGCAGCAGCGGGAAACCAUCGGCAAGAGGAGGAGGGUUUGGGUCUUUUUUCUAGUUUUGUUUUCGAAGGUCCUGUUUGCUGCCUCGGCUCUUUUGCCCCUUCUUCAGCAGAAAGACACUAUUUGCUGCACUCCGUCGGCCGCCGCCUCUUCAUCCAUGAAAUGGACGGAGACCUUUUGGCCCGCGGGGCCUUUGCAGAUGUCGGCGUUUCCCUUUCGGCUGUUUCCUCUUUGAAAAAUUUUCUUGUUGCAGGAGACCUCUUCAAAGGAGUUUCGUUGCUAGCGUUAGCUGCUGCUGCUGCUGCCGCUGCUGCUGCUGCUGCUGCCGUUGCUGCUGCUGCUGCUGCUGCUGGUCUGGGUGCUACUGCUGGUCUGGGUGCUGCUGCUGCUCUUGGUGCCGCUGCGGUUGCUGUUGGUGCUGCUACAGUUGCUGUUGGUGCUGCUGCUGCAUCUGUUUCUGCUGCAGCUGUUGCUGCUGCUGCUGCUAUUACUUCUGCUGUUGCACCUGCUAUUGCUGUCGUCUGUGCCACUGCAGUUCGUGUUGCUGCUAUUGCUGCUGCGUCUGUUGCUGCGUGCGUUGUUGCUGCUGACCCCUGGGGCAACUUUCGCCUCUUCUCCAUUAAUGACUCCAAGGAAGCCUCGCCGCCCAUGCUCCAGCAGCUUCAGGUGCUGCGCUGCGACUCGGAGUCCAUGGAAGCUGACUCCCCAAUUGUGGCCUUUAAGCAAACGCAGACCGAGCUCGGAGACGUUGCAUGCGCUGCGUGGACUGCUGAGGGGGGCAUUCUAUCAUUCCGGCUGGUUGAUAGCGCCUCCUCAGAUUUGCUGCUGGAGCUGCAGGGCUGGCUAGAGACAUCUUUGCCCUCAGAGUGCGGAUUGGGCCCCACAGCAGCAAGAGUCCCUGCAGGGACUCCCUCUGUGCACUUGAAUUUAUGGAUAGCGCAGCAGCAGCAGCUGCUGCAGCAGCAGCUGCAGCAGCAGCUGCAGCAGCAGCCGCUGCAGCGGCCCCGCGCGCAGGACCAGGGCAGAAGCCCUGCUGCAGCAUCGGCAGCAUCGACAGCAGCAGCAGCAGCAGGAGCUGCGGCUGCUGCAGCAGCAGACGCAGGGCUGCUGCUGCAGCAGCUGGAACUCAAGGCGCAUGCUGCUCUCCGCUCGCGGCUGCCGCUCUUCGCUCCUUUGCUGCGCUGCUUCUGCUUCUUAUCUGUCCCUGUGCAGCAGCAGCUGGCAGCAGCAGCACCUCCUUCGUUGCUGCUGCUGCUGCAGCACCGCUUCGGUGCCCCGGGGGGGGGCCCCCAGGGCCCCCAGGGCCCUGAGGGGCCCCCCGGGGCCCCCUUUUCUUGGGCGGCGCUGCGAGGGGCCCUCGCUGGGGGCCCCCUGAGGGGCCUCGACUUGCCCUCUGUACCCUUCAACUAG